AUGUCUGAGCCUAGACUUAAUGAUGGGCUAGCUUUGGGCAACAUUCACAGAGAAAUUGACGUUUCUGUUAGAGAAGUCGUUGAACAUAUUGUCAAGUCUUGUUUUACCUUUGUCCAAAGUAGGUAAUCCUAGCUCGAAUACUGACUGAGGCCUAUUAGCAUUUUGCAUAUACUUUCCGAGUUACUGGAAAGGCAAUAUAUACACAAAUUUAUUUAUUUAUUUAUUUACUAGUAUACAGUAGAACCUCGAUUAUCUGGCACUCGAUUAUUCGUCACUUCCGUUAUUCGUCACCCAUCCCAUUUGGCUCAAAAAUAUGAAAUAGUGUGUCGAUUAAGAAAAGGAGAAAGCACUACAGCACUAUCAAACAGUUAUAAUGUUUCCCCGAACUACAAUUAAUGAUUUUAAAAAACAUGGAGAUAUCAUUGAAAACCAUAUCAGCAAAAUGGAAUCAACAGAUGGGGAUGCCACUCAUCGAAAACGAUGAAACUAGCUACCCACAAUGAAUUAGAUGAGGUUGUUUUUUACUGGUUUGCCCAGCAGCGAAGUCAAGGAAUUCCUUUAUCAGGCCCAAUUAUUCAAAAAAACCAUUAGAGUUCAAUAAAAAAUUGCCAAACUCCGAUCCAUCUUUUAAAGGAAGCACAGGAUGGUUGGACAAAUUUAAAACUCGACACCGAAUAAGCCAGUUAUCUAUUGAAGGUG